AAGGCAGCGGCGAAGAAGAAGCAGAAACAGGCUCGCUUCUGCUGUGUUUGACAUUAGCUGAAAUGGGUAGCUAACAGCAGGCGAGAAGUUUUUUUGCUGCUUGCACUCUGGUAAAGUCAAGCCGCGUACAGGCGUUAAUUAAGUCAUGGAAAACCAAGUUAAGUAGCAGGUUCCGAAUUUUUAUCGACACAACAGCGGGGCUCCCGCAGGUUGAAGCAGCGGCCGCCGCGGAGAUGGCCAACUUGAACUGGAAGCCGUUCAUCUACGGAGGGAUGGCCUCGAUUGUCGCAGAAUUCGGUACAUUUCCCAUCGACCUGACUAAAACCCGGCUCCAGGUCCAGGGUCAGUCCCAGUACACCGAGGUGCGUUACAGAGGGAUGUUCCACGCCCUCUUCAGGAUCGGCAAGGAGGAAGGUAUCCGGGCGCUGUACUCUGGGAUUUCUCCUGCCUUGUUGAGACAAGCUUCUUACGGCACAAUCAAAAUAGGAACCUACAACUCUCUGAAGAGGCUGUUUGUCAGUCGUCCAGAAGACGAGACGAUGGUCAUCAACGUCUUCUGUGGCGUCGUGUCUGGAGUCCUGUCCUCAUCUCUGGCCAACCCCACCGACGUCCUCAAGAUUAGAAUGCAGGCGCAGGGCAGUCUCCUCCAAGGCAGCAUGAUGUCCAACUUCAUCAACAUCUACCAGACGGAGGGCACCAGAGGGCUGUGGAGGGGUGUCAUCCCCACAGCACAGCGAGCAGCCAUCGUCGUCGGGGUGGAGCUUCCUGUCUACGACAUCACAAAGAAACACCUGCUUCGCUCUGGCCUUAUGGGAGACACCAUUUUGGCACAUUUCAUCUCAAGUUUCACGUGCGGCUUGGCGGGUGCGCUGGCCUCCAACCCUGUAGAUGUGGUCCGGACGCGGAUGAUGAACCAGCGAGUUUUGUCGGGAGCACCCAUGUACAAAGGAACACUGGACGGAGUGAUGCAGACAUGGAGGAACGAGGGCUUCUUCGCUCUCUAUAAGGGAUUCUGGCCAAACUGGCUGCGACUGGGGCCUUGGAACAUCAUUUUCUUCAUCACCUUCGAGCAGCUGAAGAAGCUCCCGUUUUAACAGCAGCAGGAAGCGGGACUUGACCGGUCUGUCAGACCGUGUCACAUAAGUGUAUAAGUGGGGUGUGAGCACAGCAGCACCUGGAGAUUUCACACCAGUUUAUUCACACUCCCUUCACACUCAUACCAGUGAUACGUUACGGUAUCAGUCAUCUCCUCGCGCUCAUCCAAAGCUUAUGUUGAGUUCUUUUUAUUUAUUGUCACUGCUUCUGUUAUCGUACUGCUUUACGGACUCCCCAGGCAGCUAAAUAUUUGGUUGUAGCAAAAGUUUGGAAGAUGAGCCUCAUUCUGUUGAGCUGAUGAGAAAGACAGAGUUUACCCCUGUCUAUUAGGUGGCUGGAGUCUUGUGAACUUCGUUUCCUCGGGAUUGCUUCACAGAUCUGGGAAAACACAGGGGAAUCAGUUUAAUUGUAAGCCCAGGAUUUGCAGAAUGCCGUUACAGACGGUUUGAGGAAUUUUUAAAAAAGGAGAAAAGAUUGUGAAGUUUAAAAAUGUAAUGACAUGUAGGAAGCCUGUAUUUUUAAUUGCAUUGGCUCCGCGGGAAAUGCGAUCGGGAACUAUGUCAGAUUUAACUGAUGAAUGUGGAGUGAUCGCAUUUCAUUAACUUCUGUCAGAAUUUUUCACUCAUUUAUUUAUUUUUUUUAUUUUCAGGAAAUAUUCAAUUCAGAUCAGUCACUACGAAUGAAGGUUUUUUUAAUCUUUAUCUUUGCUGAAGAGACAUUUAUUUUUGUCGCUUUGUUCACCUCCAGCCUGCUGCAGUGUUGCCAGCCGAUGGCUUGUGAGCGAUGCUUGCCUCCACACUUCCGUUCCUGAUCCAGCACAUAGUGUGAGUCGCUGUACAAACUCGGUCGCACACGGAGGUGGAUGUACUUUAUCUAACGCAUGUCCAGGUGUACGUAUGCUGCCUUGUUGCACUGCUCUUGCUGUCGUGUCACUCGUGGCAGUCGAUGUGGACAGGAAGUGGGAAAGAGGGCCUUUGUGCCAAAAUUAGUUAUUACCAAAUGGGGUUGAAUUUAUUUGCAGAUACUUCUGAAAGUUGUUAUGUUUGCUGAUACUCUGAGUUUGUGUAAAAUUCUUUACAAGAAAAACUAAAACAAACCAAAUGGAUUUUUUUUUUUUUAAAUUGUAUUUUAAGCUCUGAACGAUAUCUGAACAGUUAUCCUUACACGUAUUAUGAGUUAUUCGCAAAUACAAAUUGUCCCUCGUUUGAUUUGUACGAAACAGGAGUGCAGCUUCCCCCUCACCCUUCUGUCCAUCUGCGUCACCAAGCCUUUUUUUUUUAAAAGUCAAAUAUUAUAUUUUCAAAGUACUUUUUAUUUGUUUCAAAAGCUUUAAGGUAUUUAUUUUCUUAUCUUUUGGUCCUCCUGAUCACAGCUGGGUGUGUUUUAGGUUAGGCGUCCUGAAAGUCGUAUUUCAUCUGUUGUGACGGCACAAACCUGCUGGAUUCAUUAACUGAUGGAAAUAUUUUAUAAUUAGCUUCCACAGCACUUGCUAUGCUCCACGUGUGCUGCUGUGUCCUGUUCUGUGCUGUAGUUGGUUUGUUAUAUCUGAGACCAUAACCCAGCUUGAUUCUGUCUCAGUCAUAUUUCGUCCAUCCUCGUUUUCAGUCUCACCUCUUUAUUUGCUUUCUUCUACGUUGUCGGGAUUUUGUGAAUGAGCUUUUGCCUUCACACGUUUCCUCAUCUUGGUUAAAAACACGUUGCCCUUUUAGCCUGAGAUGCAGCAGCAGAAAUCUCACAGGCACUGAGAAAUCUGAUCCUGACUGCAGAAUCCAACAUCUGCAUACCCAAAGCCACCAAUAGGAGGUAAAAUGUGUAUCCACCAGAAGGUCACUCUUCCUUUCCAUGAGCUGUGGUUUCCCAGCAGCAUCUGACUGUUUUACAUUUUAUCUGACUGCGAGGUGAUGGAUUCAGUUGAUUUUACUGAGGGACUGUGUGUGUGUGUGUGUGUGUGUGUGUGUGUGUGUGUGUGCGCGCGCGCGCGCCUGAGUUUGAUGUUAAGGUAUUUUAAUGCAGUCUUGCCAGAGGCGCACUGUUACAGCCUUACACUUUAUGUUGAUGGCCUGUUUAUGAUGUCAUAUGAUAUCCUCCUCUGCCUGUACUCAUGUCUCAUUACUGUAUUGAGUUUGAGUGUGUGGGUUUAGUAUUUUUCUUCGGACACACAGCUCCUAACCUUUCAGGCACGGCGAGUGAUUUUCACUGUUCACACAUGCAGCUACAUUGAGGAACAUUUCUGUCUUCCGCCUUUUCACACAUGCCAUGGAAAUGCAGGAUAGAUGGGGCGAAAGACAGUCCAGCUGACAGCAGUGACAGCCACCAUAAAGCUCAACAGACGGAGGACACAUUUAGUACAUCACACACCCUGGGAACCUUUGCAGUUUGGUUAGAUUUAGGCACCGUUAUCUCAGUGUCGUCUAUCAUGCGCCUUCCUGUUAUUUUAUAUUAAUAAAAUAGUAUAAUAAUAGUAUAUUAGUUUGCUUACUAGUAUGUUAUGUUUUUGUGGCACUAAACAAGGUUCAAAUACACCACCAUCAGAGUCUUGUGUCAGGCAGAAGUUACUGCUUUCAUUCUCAAUGCAGUCGUACCAGCAUUUUCCCUGAAAUCUCACGCAGCCUUUAAGAGGGAAGUUGUAGAAGUGGUAGAGAUUUCCUUGCUGCCAUUCACACUCUAAUACGUGCAGGAAACGUUUCUGAACAUUUCACAGAUAGACUGUACGUGUCAAAGGGACUGUAGUUACCUUCUACAGACCCUCAGUGUAACGGGAAUUUUUCGGAAACCAGUUUCAAAGCAUUUCGAUGCAUCUGUGGGGAAAUGUGUUCGGGGCUACCUCAGCGGUCGUGCUUUCCUGAGCCAUUUAAAGCUUCUGUUAACAGUCAUGCAUAGUACUGGAAUACAGAAAAAUAUCUAGUUAUCUAGAUUCAUCUGCACAACAUUUACCUUCCUGUAAACUGUGUGAAGUUUAAGUUUAAUCAGCUUGUUUAGUAAACCACAAAUUGGUAGUAAAGAGUUUCCACCGAGUGAAGAAUCGGCUCUCAGAUGUUCAGUGUGUGAGUGCUGAGUUAAUGUGAGUGCAGCGCUUAGGGUGAGGUCGCAGGUCCAGUGAGUCUGCUUUUGUGUUUCAUCCACACUGAAGAAAAAGCAGAUCUCAAAAUGGUUCACGCAGCUGCUUGUAAAGGUUUCUUUUAUGCUCACCAACAACUUCUUUCUUUGUGCACAUUUUUGCAUGUUGCGUGAAUGUAAAUAUUGUUGUGACACUUCACUCCCUCAUAUCAUAUCUGUGGUGGGGUUUUUGGGGUUUUUUUUGUUUGUUUGUUUUCAGGUAAUUUGUGUGAACUGAUCCUUUAAUUCCCCCCCCCCCCCCCCAUGUUGUGUCGCCGUGAGCUGAUGAGUGUCGGAUCGCAGCAGGGUUUGCUGUCACAUGACCAGCCUUUGAGCCGUCCUGUAGUUCACCUCUGAGAUUGUGUUAGUGUUGUUAAAGUUAUUUUAGAACAAUGUUGGGGAAUUUUAUGUUUUAGGUUUCCUGGUUAUUUUUCUAAUUAUUUUUAAAGAGUGCGGCUUUUAAUGUCAACCUGGUUUGAUCUAUUGAUUUGAUUGAAAAGACCCUGUUGUCCAUUCCUGCUCAAAAAACAAAAAGCAUUGCUCACGCUGGCAUGUUUUACUUUGAUUUUGUGUUUUUACGUGAACUGUUGCUAAGUGCUCCGAGUCUCGAAUUUGUUGACCAAAUAUUUUAAAUCUCUCCGUCUCUUUCAACCAGAGAGGGUGAGAAAGGUUUCCCCCGAUGCAAAUCCACAGAUUGCGUCAGUUCCAUCAGUAUGACGCGUAAUCACCGUCACCUUUGGCUGUUUUUUAAAUUUAUUUACUCAUUUUAUUGUUUAUUCAUUUUUUAUUAAUAGAAAUUCACUCUAAUUACCUGCAUCCGUUUUGUAAAACAUCCUGUGUGCAUCCUAAUUUUACCAGAAACUUUUAACAGCUUUUUUUGUUCUUUUGUGUAGCGCUUCCUGAAAGAGAACUUGUGAUUGGUUGAAGUCAGAGAAUAGUUUGACAACACAGGAGAACCUCUUCAAAAUGUCCCCCCAGUGUGCCAUGCAAUCAGAUUUUUUCAUUUGGUAUUUAAACUUUUUACAUCAGUAGACUUUUCAAUCUAUCCUACUGUUUUAAUUCAGAAGUAAUAUAAAACUUGUGACAUGUUUCCUCCCAUUUUCCUCCCCCCAUGCCUCCAUUCAGACAUUCACAUCAGUGAUUCCUUCCCUGCAGACUGUUUGUCUGCUUGUGUUUGUUUUCCCUUGUCCUGCUGUCACGCCGAUCAAACUGAGAAGAUAUCAGCCAUUGACUUAGCAUUGGAUUUCAGCCAGUUAGCAUGAUGUCAUCACCUCCUGAUCACAGCCUGAGAUCCUGCGGUAAAAUCAUUUUAUCCGCAUGUUUAGUUCAUUGGUUUGAUUGCUCAGCGAAACGAACGCCCUGCUUAUAAUGUUUUCGUCAAGAUGUUUUGUCGCAAACUUUGAGUGUGGAAAUUGUGGCCGUCUGACAGGAGAAGAAAAUCUAUAAAUAUUUUUGUACAUUUUCUCUUCACUUCCACUUACCAUUUGCACUUUCGUGUGUCAUUGCUGUCUCUUAACCCUUACGCUUGUUCACUUGAUGAAUUUCUAUGGUGGAAGUUAUAAGAUUUUUUUUCCUCUCUUUGACAGAAUGGGUUGGGCUUUAUAUAAAUUCAGUCCUCACUCCAAUAAAUUAUAUGCUGUGA